AUGCGAGAGAUUCUCGAAAGUGCGGCAGAGACAGAGAGGCGUGUUCGAAAACCUCUCAAGUUCGAGACUCGUCAACUCGCCCAGAGGAAUUUCUUGAGCUCAGAAGUGAGACACACAUCGUCUAUCAUACCAGGCUACGAAGAGCGUUCGAGCAUCCUGCAGGAUCUCGGAGACACAACAUUCAAACUGGUGCGCGAUAGGGCCACACCCGACCAGUGGGCCGAGUGGCUGAGGGCUCCGCUGGAGCAUGCGGCAGCCACGGGUAACCGUGACCUGGUAGAUAAGCUGCUGGGAGCCGGGGCCAACGGCGGUGCCGGUUGGCGGGGUUGUCAUGGCAAGACUCUGCUUCAUGCGGCUGCUGAGGGCGGCAACGUGCAAGUAAUCACAAGGUUGCGCAAUGCAGGGGCAGGGGAAGACAUGAAAGCGAAAGCCCUCGACACCGGGCAUACACCCCUGGAUCUGGCGGUUAUUGGCGGGAAGGAGGCUGCUGCAAAGGCGCUGAUCAUGGCUGGGGCGAAUGUGAACAUGCUCGACGCCACGAAUGACGGCCCGCUUCACCUCGCGAUCACAGGGGGUCAUGUGGGAAUCGCCAAGGAUCUGCUGCUUAGCGGAGCCAAUCCUGUUCAGGCAGGAUCGAACGACAAUUUCGCCAUCCACCUCGCUGCUUGCUAUGGUUUAGAUGAGGUGGUGUUGGCAUUGGUCCAGAAGGGCGUUGACCUGAAUUGCGUCAACACCAGAGGAGAAAUUCCCCUCUGUGUGGCGUUGAGAGGGGACCACGUUGCCACCAUAAAAGUGCUCGCGCUGACCCCAACUUCAGACAUUUUCUGCACUUCGCAGCGCGCGAGAACAAAUCGGCCGCCAUCCGAGCGUUGCUCGAAGCCGGAGCCGAUAUCGAAGGUCGGAGUCGGAUCGAAUCAACCCCACUCCAUGCCGCAGCAUACUUUGGCUCAUGCGCAGCCACGCUGACUCUGUUGGAACUGGGAGCCAACGUCCAACUCGAAGGGAAAAAGAGGAUUUACCCCGUUGUACUGCGCGUGUUCGCAGGGCGAUCACGACUCCGCGGACCUGUUGUUGAGAUGGGGUGCGGACGAGACAGCCGUAGACAAAAUGGGAGAGACCGUCGUCUCCACGGUGAUAAAAUGUGUCGCUGGAGCCCCCGAAGCUUCUCGCCCGUGUUUCCACGCUACUGGCACGUGCUCCGCAGGACAGGGCCUGACGUCGCUGGGGCUUCCUGGUCGUUUGCCGUGCCCACCCAGACAGGGUGCGGCUGGCAGCGGAGGUCCCUGCCGCAGCAGCUGAGGCUACCGAGCAGCUGCAGGAACGUCCGAGGGGUCGUGCUAGGACGGGCCAGGUGGAGGUCGAGGCGGAGGUGGAUGAGACAAACGGAGGCGGGGGUGGAGCAGGCGCGAGGACUGGCGAUCGAGCCGGGAUUGAAGCUGUCGGUGAAGGCACCGUUGGCGAGUUUGAUGG